AUGUUCGGACAAAAGUCACAGCGUAAAAAGAAGAUGGCAAAUAAUCGCACUGCAAAUGUUCCGUUGGGAAGUAGUUUAACAUCAAUGGAUUGGCUACCAAAAAUGCAAAUAGGCGAAAAUCCAUUACCUUCAUCGACAACACCGACUAAAGAAUCAUUACCAAUACCACCAUCUGUAUCGUCACUGCCAGUUACUUUAUCAAUAGCAAAUAUUCCACAGAAAAUCGAACCAACUGAUAUUGAACUACCAACAUCAACUACACAUUUAAAACCUCCGUACAGUUAUGUAACAUUAAUACGACAAGCUAUAUUAAGUGCUCAUUUGCAAAGAAUGACAUUAAAUGAAAUUUAUCAAUGGAUUAUUGAAUCCUAUCCAUAUUUCCGUAGCGCACCGCCAAAAUGGAAGAAUUCUAUUCGACAUAAUUUAUCAUUGAAUAAAUGCUUUAAACGACUUCAAAGGAGUACAAAUGAUCCUGGAAAAGGUUCUUAUUGGGCACUUGAUGAGGCAAAUGAAACUAAUCAUCAAUCAAAUUCACGAAAACGAAGAUUUGAAACACAAAAAUCUCUAUCUAUACCAUCAUCAUCAUCAUCACCUGGUAGCAUAAACCAAGGUUCGUCCAUGUUUCAUUCAAGUAAUCCAAUGAUAUAUGGCGAUGUGAAUAGUGUUGGCGGACAAUCGUUAUCAGCUGAUGAAUCUGAUUCGACUAUGUCUCUUGCAGCCAAUUCUACAUUAAUACAUUGGGAUGAUAUGAAUCUUGAUUUGACUGCUUCGUUUCGUCGAUUUCGUGAGCAAGUUUUAGAUGCUCCAUCGACAACAUGGAUCACGAAUUCUGAUAACUCAUCAACUAACGCAGCUAUUACAAAUUCUUGGGGCCAUGAUCUUUUUCCUCAUGGAGAGGCGAAUGGGUUUUUUGAAAGCGUCAAAAUGGCAUCGAGUGGCGAAAUUGAUUGGAAUGAUGUUGAAAUUAAACCCUAUUGUGAAUUUCUAGAUGGUUUUCGAACAAAUACAGCAUUUCAACAACAAGAUCGAGAUAAAUUACUGAAUCUUGCUUCAUCAUUGACAUCAUUUUUCGAUUAUACGGGUAUAUCAAAUUUAGCACAAAACAAAAUUGCAAAUGAGUCUAUAACAACACAUCGUUUACCAAUGGUGUCCAAUGGGACAAUAUUAGAAACAAAUAAUAAUUUGACUGCUCUUCCUGUUGUAAUCGAAGAUGAAGCUUUCGAUUGGGACUCAAUCACCUAA